AACACACACACACACACACACACACACACACACACACACACUGACGUAACAAGGAAGGUGAAAGCUGAAUGAAGUUUUCUGGGUAAUGGUUUGAAAUGUUUUCCUUAUGAGAAGUGGUGUUGAGUUACAGCGAGCAGCGGAGAACUGGGAGGAGAGAAACAGCAGCCCCAACCCGGCCCCCUCCUUUUCUUGGGCUGGUAGAAAGGUGGACAUGGGCUCCCGGAGACAAGACAAGUGAUAUGUUGAACUGUUCUGUGGCUGCAAUUGUCUGCUCCCGGAGUGACCUGAGGUCAGUGUUUACCAGGGUUUAACCCGGGCCAGCGGAGCAGGCACAGAUGCGCUGCUGUGAAAUGCCACGCAGGCAGAGACUGACAGGCAGUAGGAGCUGAGCUUUCCCCCUGGACUGCUGUUUCCUGCUGUGUUCAGGGGAGGGGGUGCUUUCUGGCAACUCCUGCUGCUGCUGCUGCUGCUGCUGCUGCUACUUCAUCUCUUUCUCCACUCCAGGUAAGCAGACUCAAAGGGAGGGCAGGCUGCAAGGGAAGCCUUUGUACAAUGAACAAGAUCCGAAAGUUUUUCCGAGGAAGUGGGCGAGUCUUGGCAUUUAUAUUUGUGGCUUCUGUCAUCUGGCUGCUCUUUGACAUGGCAGCUCUCCGCCUCUCAUUCAGUGAGAUCAACACUCGGCUCCUCAAGGAAGAUAUCGUGAGGAGGGAGCAGAUAGGAUUCAGAGUGCAGCCAGACCAAAUGAAGAUCCUUUACAGCAGCAUCAAAGAGAUGAGGCCUCCCCAGAGGGGACAUGGGAAGGGAGCUUGGGGCAAAGACAAUUUUAGAAAGACGGAGGACAGUGUGCACAAGUUUCAGGAUCACUUGGACCCAACACAGAGGCAAAGAAAAAUGAAAAACAAUCUGGGAAGGGACAAAGUGGUACCUUUGUGGUAUCCUGCACAUCUACAGAACCUCACAGAGACCCUUACCAAGCAGAAGAUGGAGGGGAGAGACAGCAAAUCUGAAAUUUUCUUCCAUCGGGUGACAUCAAAUCAGACAACAGCCCAGAGGGCUUGGAAAACCCCAUUUGUAGUGGCAAAAGGAACUCCAUUAGUCAAAAUAGCUGUACACACAGGACCUGUCAGUGUAAAACAGGAGGCCCAGAGGAGUCAUAAUCUCAGCAGUGACACAUCAAAACCAGCAGGUGAAAGGGCCCUGAACAUGACCAUCACUCUUAGAGCAAAGCAGCAAUCACAAGCAGUAGCAAACGAGAGGACACACCCUGGUGGCUCAUCAGUGCCCAAAUCUGGGGAAGCCAUAGCCUUAAAACAAACUGUGACUCAGAGCAAAGAAUUAAAUGCAAAUAGACACAAAGUCAAUAAGGGUCUUCCUUUUUUCAAGUUCAUUGCCAGUUCCAGUCACUUAAAGAAGCCAUCUAUGAAUGAGACAUGGUUGGGAGGCAUGCCAAAGCAUGAUGGAGUCAAAGUGGCUCAGGGGAAGAGACUCGACUUCCCUGAAAGCCAUGUUGUGAUUAUAACUAAAGAGGAGGAACUAAAGACAAACACCAAUGAGGUUUCCAACUUUAAAACCAAAACUAUAUUACCUAAAGUGUUGGGGGGAAGCCAAGAUAUACACAUUUCCAGGAACAGGAGCGAGGCAGAUUUGUCUUCACUUGCUUCACAGAGGGCAACAGUGUCUCAAACCAAAAAAGCCUUAGCAGGGGGACUGGGGACUGCAAGAAUCAACUCGACUACCAAGGCACAGCAUGCAGAACGCAACCAAAGUCACACAAAAGCCCCUCUAACUGAACACCAUGGGAUGCACCAAGUGUUACGAGUAGACGUGACACUUUCUCCAAGAGACCCUAAAGCUCCAGGUCAGUUUGGACGUCCUGUGGUUGUUCCCCCUGGAAAGGAGAAAGAGGCAGAACGAAGAUGGAAGGAAGGAAACUUCAAUGUCUACCUUAGUGAUCUGAUCCCAGUGGACAGAGCUAUUGAAGACACAAGACCUGCUGGGUGUGCAGAACAACUAGUUCACGAUAACCUCCCAACUACCAGUGUGAUAAUGUGCUUCGUGGAUGAGGUGUGGUCCACUCUCCUGAGAUCCGUUCACAGUGUCCUCAACCGCUCUCCUCCACACCUCAUCAAGGAGAUUGUGCUGGUUGAUGACUUUAGCACCAAAGACUACCUAAAAGAUAAUUUGGAUAAAUACAUGUCUCAGUUUCCAAAAGUUCGGAUUCUUCACCUCAAGGAGAGACAUGGCUUAAUACGAGCCAGGCUGGCAGGAGCACAGAAUGCAACAGGUGAUGUGUUGACGUUCCUAGAUUCUCAUGUGGAAUGUAAUGUUGGUUGGUUGGAACCUCUCCUGGAAAGGGUUUAUUUAAGUAGAAAGAAAGUGGCCUGUCCAGUAAUUGAAGUCAUCAAUGACAAGGAUAUGAGUUAUAUGACAGUGGACAACUUUCAAAGAGGUAUCUUUGUAUGGCCCAUGAACUUUGGUUGGAAAACAAUUCCUCCAGAUGUCGUUGCAAAAAACAAAAUCAAAGAAACUGACAUAAUAAGGUGCCCUGUCAUGGCAGGUGGAUUAUUUUCUAUUGAUAAAAAUUACUUUUUUGAACUUGGAACCUAUGACCCUGGACUUGAUGUUUGGGGUGGAGAAAAUAUGGAGCUCUCAUUUAAGGUAUGGAUGUGUGGUGGAGAAAUUGAGAUCAUUCCUUGCUCCCGAGUGGGCCACAUAUUCAGAAAUGACAAUCCAUAUUCCUUCCCCAAAGACCGCAUGAAGACCGUGGAGCGGAACUUGGUGCGGGUGGCUGAGGUCUGGCUUGAUGAGUACAAGGAGUUGUUCUAUGGCCACGGGGAUCACCUUAUAGACCAAGAGCUUGAGGUGGGCAACCUCACCCAGCAGAGGGAGCUUCGAAAGAAACUGAAAUGUAAAAGUUUCAAAUGGUACUUGGAGAAUGUCUUUCCAGAUUUGAAGGCUCCCAUUGUGAGAGCUAGUGGUGUGCUUAUUAAUGUGGCCUUGGGUAAAUGUGUUUCCAUUGAAAACACCACAGCCAUCCUGGAAGACUGUGAUGGGAGCAGCCAGUUUCAACAAUUUAAUUACACCUGGUUAAGACUAAUUAAACAUAAAGGAUGGUGUUUGGCCCCCAUCCCUGAUGAGGGAUCCCUGAUGCUGCACCCCUGUGAUAACAAAAACAAAGGGCUAAAAUGGCUGCAUAAAUCCACCUCUGUCUUUCAUCCAGAACUGGUAAAUCACAUUGUUUUUGAAAACUAUCAUCAGUUGUUGUGCUUGGAAGGAAAUUUUCCACAGAAGAUGCUUAAAGUAGCUGCUUGUGACCCAACCAAACCACAUCAAAAGUGGAAAUUUGAAAAGUACUAUGAAGAAUGAAGAGGAACUGAGGUUUUGCCUAGUCAACACAUUAGAUAACUGUGAAAGUAACAGUGAACUCAGUGACUCUAUUUUUCAGUGGUAGUUUAAAUUUUCAAUGGAAUGGAAGAUUUUUUAAAAUCACGAUAUUUAGAAUACCAAAAGAUAACUCAGGGAAACGGUCCACCAUUUGGGUGGACUGGAGUCCUGGUGGACUGGAGUCCUUCAGCCCAGGGUGGCCUUUGGUAUCGCCUACUUCCUGCCCUGUGCGGGAACUCAUUCUGCAGGUUUCCCUGGUGUAAUCUCACAGGUAACCAGAAAUGAUAACAGACACAGGGGAGCACAAUGAUAUUCACAAUGACUGUCUUUAAACCCACAGAGAACCUGGUCCUUUAUUUGUCAUUUUUUUCAUCAAACAUAAACUGCAUGAGUUCUUAUGGCUAGAAAAAUAUCAGAUGCACAUAGGGUUACAAUUCUGUUGAAAUUUCUAUACAUGCAUUUUUACCUAGCAAUUUAAAACAGUACUGAUCAACUAUUGGUGACCCCACCUAAUAGCUGGGUUUUGAUCUAGAAUAUUGCAUAGUGUUUUAUUCUCAGUCUGAGUCAUAGAAAAACUUUUAAGUAAGAAAGAAGGGGUCUUUAUAAACACAUUUAAUUCUAAAUGUAGAAAUUGUUUCAGCUCAUUUUGUGCUUUUAAAACUGCACUUUUAAAUAACUCGUCAUACCAGUAACUUCCUGGAUUUGUGUGGAUAUUAAUUUUUAAAAAGCAAGGAAAAAUACUAGUAACCAAAAAUAUAUUUGGUUGCUGAAGAUACUCUAAUUUAGGGCAAAGUGAGAGAGUUGAAACAAAGCAGAAACAGUGUACUGAAAAAAAAUAUUAAUUUUAUAUGAAAAUAAUAAAAUGCUAUUUUAGAUUUAACAGCAUUAGUGGGAUGAAGUAUGUUUAAAAAAAUAUACUCUAAAAGACUUCAAAGUAGAAAUAAAGUUAAGAAAACAUAAUGGAAAAGGAAGGAAAUGAGGUAAACAACUCUUAGGAAGAGAAUUAAGAAAAAAUUGCCCUGGAGUUUUCCUCCCUGAGCAAAACAGCAAAGCUCUCAAUGUGGACCCAAUGAUAACAAUUGCAAAUUUGGGGGGAAAUUAACUAUUUUUUGAUCAAAAUAAAAUUCUCAUCAUAAACAUACCAGUACUUACACAUACUAAAACAAAUCUUAAAAAUCACAUUAUUUUCAACAAUUUUGGUAAGAAAAUAAAUACCUGAAGAUAAUUCACUUGUCUAAAACUCACAGGCCAAGCGGGGCAUAGUGUUGCAUGUCUAUAAUCCCAACUACAUGGGAAGCUGAGACAGGAAGAUUACAAGUUCAAGGCUAGCCUGGGCAAUUUAACAAGACUCUAUCUCAAAAUAAAAAAAUAAAUAAAUAAAAAGGUCUGGGAAUGUAGCUUAAUUGUAGAGACCCCCUGGUUACUGAGGCCAUCCUCAGUACCAACAAAGUAAAACAAAUAAAAAUAAAAAUCACAGGCCAAUUAAUUGGAGAAUCAAGAUGAGAAUUCAGCUCUUCAGAUUCAGGGACCAUUCUUUCAUUUCAGGCCACAGACCUGAACACAUUUCUCCUAUGACAGACCUUAGAAAGUGAUAUGCAACCUCUUUGUUGGGUCCCAGGAUAGCCAUGCUUAUUCUUGUUAAUAUUUUUUUUUUAUAAAAGACUUUAAAAAUAUUUGAAAUAUUUUUUUCAGUUGAGUUAAUGGUAAAACUGGACAAUUUUAGUUCUGACUUUCUAUGUAAUACAACUUCAACAUCCAACUGAGUAUGCAAAAGCAGAAUUAUAAGGAUGGGAAGGGGAAAUAUUUUUUUGCACAUUUAUAACAAUGUAAGAUGUUUUAUUCAAAUAAUUGAUGAUUGCAGAUAAGAGAAUAAAUAGAAAAUGAGAUAGUCUUUUCAAAAACAGCCAUAUGAAUGAGAAACACAAGUCAGUUCAAUUAGGCAAAGGAUUAAUUGAAUUGCUGACCAAGCCAAUUAUACUUAGGUACCUCCUGUGAUUCUUUGUGUAACUGAAAAAUGCUGAAAGGUCCCCAGUCUCUAGAGUCUCCAUUCUAUCCAGAUUUUACAAAGAAAAGUCAAGUCUUUUCAGAAAAAGGGUAAGUCAUCAUAUGGUGCCACCCACCUUUGCUGAAGAAAGGUCUGUGUCUUUCUCAAAAGUCCCUUCUCCUUUCUGCUCAGUGCAGCCUCUUCCUGACCUUACCUGACACACUUCUUAUAGAAAGCUAUAUUUGAAUCCAUAUUUUCAAUAGAACAAAAUUAUUUUCAAACUUCACAUGUUUGUUCUUUAAAAAACACUGUUUCACUGUAUAUUUCCUCAAUUACUCUAAUAGGCAAAGAACUAAUCACUAUUUAAGAAUCUGUGUAGGCCUAAUAGUGAGACAAUUGACUAAUUGUCAAAUCUAUUCUAACAAUUUUUAAGUAUUGCCUUCUAAAUUUAAAAACAAAAACAGUGGAAUAAGUGUAUGAAUGCUACCAGGUCUUCUGGUACUUCUCAUGCUAAACCCUGUGAAGGGGCACUUUGGGGUCCAAAUCAGCCCUGAAUUCUUCAACAUGAAGUUGUGUUAUUGGGGGCUUCAGUUUUACUUGGAUUGGCUUAGGUUAUUGCCUUUUCAACAGAAAAAAAGUCUAUGCAUCUUGUUAUCUUGUUAACUUGAACACAGGAUAGCCUUGAUAAUAUUUGGCAGAAUUUAUGUGACCAAAAAGCUAAUUUACCAAACCCUCAAAGUGCUUUUGUUCCUGUCAGUUGUCAUAACAAUGUUUUAUGACCAGUACCAAAUUUGCUCAGUUCUGCUUGCUGACAUUUAAUUGGCUGUCAUCCACAGGGCUGCAGACUCCAAUGGGCCAUGAUCACAAUGUAUCUGUAGCUUCACCACACUAAUUUGGAAACACUCUCUUAGGUACUCAAACACCUUGCUUCUGCCAUUGUCUUAGGGACUAUAGAGGAAGAAGGAUACCAGUCACAGGAAUUCAGUAUUUCCAGCCAACUCUCAUAUCAUGAAUGCCUUAGAAUGAUUUUCGAGGAGCACUUUUGCAAGAGAAUGAAGUUGAGACAUAUUAGAUAGUACCAUUGUUUUUGGUUCAAACAUUUCUAAUUUAACUUCUGCAUUCAGAAUGCAGGAAAUAAUUUAUAGCUCAGACAAAGAUCCCAAUAUCUUGGAUAAAAAAUGAAGAUGUUAUAAGAGGGGACAGGAAAAGAGAGGAGCUAUUAUUGUUGAGCACUUCCUACACACUAGGCACUACAGUUGGGUUGCAGUUAUUGGUAUCACAGAUAGUGAAAUAAGAUGGAGUCAAACCUCUGUGAUCUCUAUUAUGUUUGGAUAGAGAGGAAAUAGAAGCUGUGUAUCUCUCUGUGCAUUAAGUAUAAGUGUGUCAACUCCCUUAUGUCUUGCAAUGAUCUAUAUACAUGAUUUCAUGCAAGACCUGUUCUUUUCUACUUUCUGUAUCAAAUACGAGUGAUAGAUAUGUACAGGUUUGCUUCCCUGUAAACCCUAAAUCUUUCUUCCCCAAAUCUUUAAGCAAAGCUAACAAGUUGCUCAAUUUGAAUAGAAGUAGAAAAUAAAAAAUUGAAGACUUUCAAUUUAAAAUAGAAAUCAUGAUUCUUAACUUCCAUUCACUGUGUAGAUUGUCACUAAAGUGCUUUUGCAACCAGUGUUAUAGGUUGUUCAAUGAUUGCUACAAGUCCAAAUGCUUUGAAAUGAAAAAAGAAAUCCUAACCAAGGCUGUUGUAAAAAUAUUUAUUUUUUUAUAAAUACCUGUUCCAUUCAGGUUUGAAUAAGCCAUAUAAAGUAUUAUAUUCUGCCAUGAAGCUUAAUGGAUGAUAUUAGAGUUGCUGGUGCCUGUAUCUAAGAGAAAGAGCAGAGGGAAUACCAUCAGAUACAAUGAACUUAAUGCUUCCAUUUUUCAAAGCAGUAGGUCAACUUAUAGUCAGCAUUUUAAUUCAGAUCCCUUUGCCAAUUUAUGUAAGCCUUUGCUUUAUAAAACACACAAACAAAACACUAGUGAAAAUUCUCAUUUUAAAUCAUAUAGGGUAAUUUAGAAUAAUUUAGAAUAUGCUGAGAUCCUAGUAAUGACAACUGCCAUCAAAUAAGUAAUAAAUAUUUUUUAAAUAAAGGUUUUCUAUUUUAUUGUUAAUUGAUAAUUGUGAGUUUAAAGAUGUUAGUCACAGAUCUCUACAUAAAUAAAAGCCUUUAAAUUACAUAUUGAAAUUAAAAGCUUUGAUAACAUGAAUGAAGAUUUUAAUUUUUUUCCUGACCAUUCAAAAACAUCAAUUUUUGUAAAGGCAUGUGCGUGUGUAUGUGUGUAUUUGAUGCUAUAGAUUGGGAGAAAGUAAAACCCAGAAUUUCCACCUGCAACAUGAAGGAAAUUAAAUGUCACUGAAUAAUUUUAAUUCUCUUAGUUACAUGGCUUUGUCUAAUCUAACUUUCUAUAUAACAGUUUCAAUAACAAGUGAACUUUCACUCUAGAUACUGUUUUGCAGACUUGAAGGAGUAAUCAAACUCUAAAUUAUCGGCGUGCUUGUUCUUCUGUUCAUGAUUGUGCACAAUGCUCUCAUUCUUCUCCUUCAAACACUGCUCAAAUUUCACUAGUUUUAUACAUAUUAGUCCAUAGGAAGUGAGCUUAAAACAAGACAUAGAAGAGUAUUGAAUAAUUUUGUUAUUGAGUCCCUGAAAACAUUCCUUAGUGAGAGAACAAGAUUGAAGUUAUAGAGCAUAAAGGAGUUUGGAGUCAAUUUGGACAUCUUUAUGUACCACAUUUUUGCCUAUGAUCAACCAAAGUCAUUAUAAAGAAGGAGUUGGAUAGAUAAUUUUUAAUUUCUAGGAAAAAGUACAAGUAGCUUUCUAAAUUUAUGUCUAAAAUUUCCCUGACCUGGCAGGUAGUUCUUAGAUGUCACCAGUGUCUUUUGUACUUUGCCAUGUUUCUAGAUGAUUUCUGUUGCCCACUACCAGCCCCCCCCCCCCCGCCCCGUGUCAUUAUGUCUGUGUAGACAGUAUGGCCCAGUCAUGUCGUGUUCUUCAUGAGCUGUGUGAAGAUUUUGGUCCUCAUAUUUAUGGUGUUAUGCUACAGUUUGAUAUUUUAAUAUUGGCAAAUAUACCUUUGACAUUACCUUUUAUAGCCCUCUUGUUUUUAUAGAGCAAUGAAAGUUCAGACUUUAAGAGAAGUGGUUGCCUUUCUCAUAUGGUCAAACAUAUUUCUUCUUUAUGAUACCCCGGUGUUUCAUCCUUUUCCAUAAUUCUCUAUUAUUACUUAUUUUAAAUGUUUUCCCUAUCACUUUGAAAAACUUAAAUGUCUGUUCUCCAUUUGAAAAUGUGCCAAAAGUACUACCCCAUGUAAAUAUGUGGAAACAAUUACUAUAAAAGUUCCAGUAUAGUUUAAAUGUAUUACCUUGACAAUUACAAAGAUAAAUAUGUAUUUUUUCAAAUUGUUGGUGUUAAUAUGCAACUAAAACAAUAUCUCAGUUUCUUUCAAAGUAAUAGAAAUUUUUUUUUCCUGUAUAUUAUAUAUCUCCCAGAAAGUUUUUAUAAUUUCAUAUGUAAUCAUUUAAAAAGCCUUUUUGAAAUAAACAAU